AUCAGGGAUGCAGGGCAACUUCAGAUUAAGCCAUGCAGGAGCUCAUACAGCCCCCCAUUUGUCGAGCAAUUAUCUCAGCAGGAACUAGAGUUACCUUCGUUAGGCCGGGUGAAUCUUAUUAAAUCCAUCCCAUGCUAAUAUUACGCAGACUAAGCUACAAGCUACGGUUUCGGGGGGGUUCCGCAGUCUGCAGGCCGAACGGGGGAUAUUCACCCCCCUCGAGUCGGGUCAGAUGUACCAAAACAAAAGGAUCAGGAUCCUUCCAUUUGCUUCCCGAUCGGUCGAUAGGGCAGCUUGAGCGAGCCUUGACUAAUCUGGCCUAUUGCUUCCCCUCAACAUUCGCCCCGGAUCCGAGAUGGGUGGCCCGGAGGUUGUACUUAUCGACGGCGUCCCCUCGGUGCCUUUCCCUCUUCUCUGGUCCUACUAUUCAUACUGCCUCAAUACAGUUAUAUCUAAUACAGCUUCCUCCCAAACACCACUCUUUUCCAUUCUGCUUCUUCUCUGAUUCAUCCUCGAACCACUGUGCUGCUUGCUUUUACUGAGUGCGGCUAGUCGAGCUAUGCCCGCUAUGACCAUUACACUGAGUGACCAGGCACAUACUGUGUCUGAGACCUCAUCGACGAACAAUGGCAUCUCAGGGACAGAAUCCAAGAAGUCAGGCACUCGGAAUGGCCAUCCCCAGAGCAACUGCCACCAGCUGCCGC